AUGGCUGAAGCAAAAUUAGUGGUGAGUGGUGUGGGUGAGAUCCUGAAGCUGGUGAUGUCCAAGGCAAACGAGGAGAUUGGGCUUGUGUGGAAUGUCAAGGAAGAGCUGAACAAGUUAAUACGCACUGUGACUGCCAUCCAAGCAUUACUACAUGAUGCUGAAAAACAACAAGAAGAAAAGGAGACUGUGAGACUUUUCCUGAAAAGGCUUAAAGAUGUUGCUUAUGAUGCUGAAGACGUUUUGGAUGAAUUCGGUUACCAAACCACAAGAUUGAAGCUGACAAACAGCAAGGUGAGCUACUACUUCUUGCACUCAAUUUCAGUUCCUUUUAAGUCAAAGAUGGCUAAAAAGAUCAAGAAGAUAAACAUGGAGUUUGAUGACAUUAAAAGUUACAUGGAUUCAUUCAGUUUUGCAAGUGCUUCUAUACUACCCACAAAUGUUCUUCAAAAUAGAGAGACCACUAUGCCCAUAGAGACAUUCUCUUUUGUAGAUGAGUCUGAGGUUGUAGGAAGGGAUGUUGACAAGUCAGAGAUAGUAAGCAUGUUAACUAGCCCUGACAAUCAAGGUAUUAUUCUUUCUGUCCUUCCCAUAGUUGGAAUGGGAGGGCUUGGAAAGACCACACUUGCUAAACUUGCCUAUAAGGAUGGUCUUGUAGUCAAGUAUUUUGAUGAAAGAAUUUGGGUCCAUGUCUCUAUAGGUUUUGAUUCCAAGAAAAUAUUGACAAACAUCUUAGAAUCUGUCACCAAGAGAGCAUGUCAGUUUUCAUCUAUUGAACUGAUACAUCAGAAUCUUAAAGAUGAGUUGGGUCAGAAGCGGUUUUUACUUGUAUUGGAUGAUGUAUGGAAUGUAGAUUGUGAACUUAUAUCUUCUUUAAAAAUUGGUGCAAGAGGUAGCAAAAUCAUUGCUACUACUCGUAUUGUUGAAGUUGCAUCAAUGAUAGGCACACUUGCUACAUACCACCUUAAAAACUUAUCAGAAGAUAACUGUUGGUCCAUUCUCAAGAAUAGAGCAUUUGGAAAUGGAGGGGCUGAAGAGACUCCAAAUAUGGUGGCAAUAGGGAAAGAAAUUGUCAAAAAGUGUGGAGGUGUACCAUUGGCCGCCAAAUCACUAGGAGGCUUGAUGCGUAUCAAGAAAGAUGAACAAGAGUGGUUAUCAAUAAAGAAUAGUGAGAUUUGGGAUUUACAACCUAUGGGUAAAGAUGGAAUCCUUCCUGCACUAAAAUUGAGCUAUGAUCACUUGCCAUCACCUUUGAAACAAUGUUUCUUAUAUUGUUCGAUUUUUCCAAAGGGUGCUUAUAUCUUAAAAAAUGAUCUAAUCCAACAAUGGAUGGUAUUAGGGUUCCUCCAACCAUCCAUAGGAGGUAGGCCAAUGGAAGAUAUUGGAAAUGAUUACAUCAACUAUUUGUUGUGCAAUUCAUUCUUCCAAGAUGCUGAGAAAACUACUAUUGGUGAGAUAAUGAAGUUCAAGAUGCAUGAUCUUGUUUUUGAUUUGGCACAUUCUCUUUCAAGGUCUGACAAUGCAACUGUUGGGGUUGCAGAGUUUAAAAACAACUCUGAUGUUGUUCAUUUGAGAUUAUUGUAUAUGGAUGGUGACAUAAAAAAGAUUCAAGAAGGCUUAUGUAUGGCAAGAAAUUUGCGGUCAUUGCAUUUGGAAUGCAUAGGAACCAGAACUUCCAUUUGCAACAAUGUCCUUGAUAUUCUGUUCAAAAAAUUCAAACAUUUACGGGUUCUACAUUUACCUAAUUGUGGAAUUAAAGAGUUACCAUCCUCCAUUAAGAAGUUGAAACACUUAAGGUACUUUAACCUCAGGGGCAAUCCAAUUGAAGCAUUACCUGAAUCUAUCACCAGCCUUUACAAUUUGCAGACACUGGACCUUUUACUUUGUCCUGUAAAAGAGCUUCCUCUAGAUAUGAGAAAAAUGGUAAACUUGAGGCAACUAAUGGUUUAUCAAAAAGGUGGAUGUUUGAUUAGUCAAAUGCCAAUUGAGAUGGGAAGAUUAUUCUGCCUCAAUAAUUUACUGACAUUUGUUGUGGGCCACAAAAGGGGGCAGCGUAUCAAAGAGUUGCAACACCUGGACCUUGGAAGAGUUUUAAAUAUCUACAAUCUUGAGAACGUGAGAAGUAGAGGGGAAGCAGAGGAUGCAAAUUUAAUGGGGAAAGAAAAGCUUGUUGGGUUGCAUCUAUAUUGGGGAAGUGGUGUUAAUUGGGGUGGUGAUAGUAGUAGUAGUAGUUCUUCUGUGUUAAUGGGAAAUGAUGAUAAAAAAUCUACCAUUGUUGAAGAAGAUGAUCAUGUGCUACAAGGUCUUCGACCUCAUUCGAAUCUGAAAGAACUGUCAAUCGAAAACUUUGGAGGUGAAAAUUUACCUGGAUGGAUGAUGAGUACUGGCAUUGAGUUAUUUCUCCCUAAUUUGGUGAAACUCUAUCUACAAAACUGCGAGCGAUUGGAGUGUGUCCCCUCACUUGGAUGGCUACCAUCUCUUAAGGUUCUUCAUAUAAAGGGAGUGAAAAGGAUGAAGAGUCUUGGAAGUGAGUCGUAUGAUGGUGGGGAUGGCCGUAGCAUUAAUGGAAGAGCUACAACAUUAUUCCCUUCAUUGGAAGAACUUUCCCUAGGACGGUUGCGUAGCUUAGAAGAAUGGAGGGAACCAUCAGCAGCACAACAAGAAGGCUCAUUAUCAUUAGAUUGCUCUAAUUCCUUCCCUCGCCUUAAGAAGAUAUUUGUUAUAGAUUGCCCCAAGUUGGUGACCAUGCCCAGUCGGUUUGCUUCUCUGAAACUACUCCAAAUCAUAAGAAGUAAUGGCAUCUUGCUAAGGUUAGUGGUGGAGGUUCCCUCUCUUAGCAAACUACAUAUAGUUGAAGUGCCAGAGCUUAAGUUUUUGCCCAACGGAUUACUACUGCACAACAAUAUCAAAGUAUUGCAUAUUCAGAAAUGCCCCAACCUUGAAGCAAUUAUUACACCCCCAAGUGAUGAGGAUGAGAAUGAGAAUGUAGCUGAUGAUGAUGGUGUGCAAGAAGUAGUCCAGCUCCCAUCGUCUCUGGAAAUACUACAGGUAAAUAAUUGCCCUUCUCUGACAUCAUUGCCAGAUCUACGAGGUCUGCAGCACUCUCUUCGGAAAUUUUGUUUUCACAGCAAUGAAAAAAUCACUCGAUUACCAGAGGGUCUACACACCCUCCGCACCCUUGAAUUGUUGAGUAUUGGUGGGUUUUCAUCGGAGCUGGAGUCUUUUCCCGACUUGGAGCCUCUCCAACACUUUCCCUCCCUUCGAACCUUACAUAUUGAAGGCUGGUCUAAGCUUACGUCUCUUCCUGAGCAACUUCAGAGUCUCACCCAAUUACAAAGGUUGGGAAUACAUGUGUUUCAUAGUUUGACAGCUCUGCGGGAGUGGCUCGGGAACCUUUCGCUUCGAACGCUGAUGCUUAAAGAGUGCAAUAAUCUGAUGUAUUUUCCAAAAGUGGAGGAAGGAAUGCGAUGCUUCACUGUACUAGAGUGGUUCAGCAUUGUCAGUUGCCCACUUCUCAAAGAAAGAUGCAUCAGGGAAAGAGGCGAGGAGUGGCCUACGAUUAAACAUAUUCAAAACAUCAAAAUCGAUGGCCAAUACAUUUAG